AUGGACCACCAGUGGACGUCGCAGCCGCCGUCGCCCGAAAAGUCCUGCGAGCUCUACAUCCGCGACCACCCUUCCCGCGCCAUCGCCAUCGUCUCACCGACGCACGCCCUCAUCCUGCGGUACAGCGCUUCGGCCAGCGAUACCGGCCCCAAUGGCUCCUACACAUCGCUGCCGGCCACCAACAGGGCCGCCGUCGCCAGGUGCAUGGUCGAGUUCGCGCCCAUGACCGAGACGCUGCUGCGCGACUUCCGCCCGCUCACCCACCGGCCCGUCUACGGCACCCUCGGCCUGAUUGCUGUCAACAACGAGGUCUUUCUGUCCGUCAUCACGCAUGCGACCCGCACGGCCACGGUGCGUCCGGGCGAGACGGUCGAGAAGAUUGUCAGCGUCGCCUUUUACUGCCUCAGCUCCGACGAGUACGACGAUGUGGUGCCGCUCGAGUCCUACGAAAUCGAACCAUCCGAUGCCUCCUCGACAUACAGCUCCCAGUCUUAUGGCCAGAGCCUCAGCCACCGUGAUGUAGUCGUCGAACAUCCGUGCCACGAGCUGCGCAAGAUUCUGAGCAAUGGCUCAUUCUACUACAGUACCGACUUUGACGUGACGAAUCGACUUCAAGACCGCCCAAUCAACGCCGACUCGUUCCAUAUUGAUAGCUUCAACGACAUGUAUCUGUGGAACUCAUUCAUGAUUAGUCCCCUUGUCAAGUUCCGCUCACGGCUGUUACCACAAGAGCGGGAAGCGCUGGAUGAAUCCCGCAUUCUGACUUCUGCCAUUCGCGGGUUUUGCAAGACCAUGACGAUUCCGCAGAGUGCCUCCCCGCGCAAAGGCAACAGUGGCCGGGCUUCAUAUUUAACACUUAUUUCUCGCUUAUCCUGUCGCCGAGCUGGUACUCGCUUCAAUGCCCGCGGGAUCGACGACGACGGCCAUGUAGCCAACUUUGUCGAGUCGGAAACCAUCUUCUGGAGCGCUACGGGCACCGUCUUCUCCUACGUUCAGAUCCGUGGCUCGAUUCCUGUCUUCUGGGAACAGGCGGCCGAUCUGAUACCCGGACGACAAAAGCUCACAAUAACAAGACCCCCGGAUGCUACGCAGCCCGCUUUUAACAAGCACUUCGAGGAGCUCGAGACCAUGUAUAGUGCGGUGCACAUUGUCAACUUGCUGAGCGAAACGAAGCCCGGCGAGGUUGAGUUGAGCAAUGCUUACAAGACUGGUAUCAAGUACUGUCCUCUGAGUCGUCUCCGUCAAGGAGGCGGGAUUGACGACCACGCCAUGCUGCGACAAACGCACUACGACUUUCAUGCUGAGACCAAGGGCCCGGGCGGGUAUGAAGCCGCGCGUGAGAUUCGUCGUUAUAUUGAGCACUCUAUUGAUGGGUUCGCUUACUUUUUGGCCGAGGAAGCCGACGAUGAUAAGCAUCUGCGGAGCAAGGAUACGAGGAUGAUUGUCGUGCUGCAGCAAGAGGGCGUCUUUCGCACAAACUGUCUCGAUUGCCUGGACCGAACAAACCUGAUCCAGACGCUGAUCUCGCAAAUGGCAGCAGAGGCGUUUCUCGGUCACCGUGGCGUUUAUGCGGCCUCUGACUUUUGGAUGCGUCACUCGACGCUAUGGGCCGACAAUGGCGAUUCGCUGUCCAAGAUCUACGCCGGCACCGGCGCACUUAAGUCGUCGUUUACGCGCCACGGCAAGAUGUCGCUCGCCGGUGCUGUGGCUGACAUGCGCAAAUCAGUACAGCGACUGUACCACAACAACUUUGUCGACCCGUCGCGGCAAAUCACAAUUGACAUGCUGCUUGGCCGGUUGAUCGGACAAGCGCCGGUGCACCUCUUUGACCCCAUUAGUGACUUUAUCUCGGCGGAGCUCAGCAAGCGGAGCGAUGAAUACACGUCGUUUGAGAAUAUUAAUCUCUGGGUCGGCACGUUCAACCUCAACGGCAAGACGGAAGGCAUUGGCCAGGACCUGUCGCCGUGGCUGUUCCCGCCCGAGGUCAGUGAGGAGCUCCCUGACAUCUACGUGGUGGCAUUUCAGGAAAUCCUCGAGCUCAGCCCGCAGCAAAUCAUGAACAGCGACCCGUCGCGCAAGUACCUCUGGGAGCAGGCCGUCAAGAAUGCCCUGAACGAGCGGCAGGACCGCAUGGGUGGCGAGCUGUACGUACUACUGCGCAGCGGGCAGCUAGUUGGCGCUGCGCUGUGCAUAUUCGUCAAGGCGUCUAGCCUGCCCAACAUCAAAAAUGUCGAGGGUAGCGUCAAGAAGACGGGUAUGUCUGGCAUGGCGGGCAACAAAGGCGCGGUUGCGAUCCGACUAGACUACGCCAACACGCACAUUUGCUUUGUCACGGCGCAUCUGGCAGCCGGCUUCGCAAAUUAUGAUGAAAGAAAUAGAGAUUACGCAACGAUUCACCAGGGGUUGCGAUUUCAGCGAAAUCGCGGCAUCGACGAUCACGAUGCCAUUAUCUGGCUUGGGGACUUCAACUAUCGCGUCGGACUCGGUUCUGAGAUUACGCGUACACUGGUGCAGCAAAGGAAUCUGCCAAAGCUGUACGAAAAUGAUCAGCUGAAUCUACAAAUGGUUGCCGGGCUGGUGUUUCCGUUUUACUCGGAAGCACGGAUCAACUUUAUGCCCACGUACAAGUUUGACGUGGGAACUGAUACCUAUGACAGCUCUGAAAAGGCCAGAAUCCCGGCGUGGACGGAUCGCAUUCUACGAAGGGGACAGAACUUGCGGCAGCUUAGCUAUAACUCGGCGCCGCUGCGCUUUUCGGACCACCGGCCGGUGUACGGGACGUUUGCGUGCACGGUCAGCAUCGUGGACGAGCGCCGGCGCGAGGCCAUUAGCGGAGAGCUGUACGAGCGGCGCAAGGCGGAGCUGGGCAGCGGCGGCAGCGGGUCGGUGCUGGGCGAUCUGGACACGGAGGAGGAGGAGGAGGAGGACCUGAUUGGGUUCGAACCGGUGGAGCCUGGGCUGCCGGCGGCCAGCUCAGACCGGCAAAAGUGGUGGUUAGAGGGCGGGCGACAGACGGCGCGUGCGCAAGUCGCGGUGCCGACCGGGAGGGACGGGCUGCCGAUGAGGCUCAACCCGCAGCGACCGUCAAACCCGUUCUUCAACGCGGGCAACGACGAGCCCGAGUGGGUAUCGGUGUCGGCUCCCGGGGCGGAUAGCAGCAGCCUGUCGAGCUCGCCGUUCGAAAAGGUGCCGAUGAUGCCGGGGACUGUGUCGACGCCGUCACCAUCACGACGACCGGUGCCAUCAGCGCCAGACGCGGCUAGCAGGCUGCCCGCGCAGAUUGGCAGGCUGGCGAUGGCGGACGAUCAAGGCUCAGUGUUGCCGCGGCGGAGCACCGAUUCGGAACGUCGCCAACAGCAGCAGCAACAGCAUCAGCCACCGCCUCCGCCGCCGCCGAGACGACGCACGGCGGGACAGCAGCAGGUGCCUUCGACCCCAACGCCGAUGGCCUCGUCGCUGCCGCCACGGCCAGAGUCGGCGGCCUCGCAGCAGUCUCUGGCCAGGGAGGGCCGCGGGAGUGUCAGCAGCGGCAGCGGCAAGCCGCCGAUCGUGAAGAAGCCAGCGCACUUGGCUGGGUCGUCACCGGUGACGGGACGGAGCCCGACGCAGCAGACGCAGCAGCAACCGCCGCUGCCUCCUAGGGGCGAGGUAUCGCGGAAGGCCGUGCCACCGCGCGGCGAGUCAUUGAUAUAG